GAACGUUUCUUUUUUGGUUAAUAGCUCAGUGAAUUGGUGUGUGUAGUGACAAAACUGAUUCAAAAUGAAAUGGAAUUCAUCGUCAUUUUUGGAGAAUCGAACCUUCGACCAGCGUCUGGUCAAAGAAAAUCUCAUCGACAAGUGGAACAUCUACGGUGAUAUUUACAAAACUCGGACCGACUAUCGGCAAUUCUUAGAAUCUUAUCCAUGGAUAAAGCAAUAUGCGUCAACUGCCUCUGAAACCACAAUGGAUCCAAUCAAUGCUAUUCGGUCCGGAAUGCUAUACCAGGUGCCUCAUCAUCAUCCAUGGCCGGAUUCGAAUGCAUUGGGCGAAGCUCCCACAACGAGUCAAGUGUUGGACACAAAUUUCUGUAUCGUUUUUAAUUGGUGUCUAACAUUUUUAGAUCUCUCAAGGGAGCCAUUGCAAUUUCCCAACCUUGUGAAUGGUUUCGAUCGAAAUCCCGAGCAUGCGGCUCGGUCAGCAUUGUAUACGCGUUACACUCCAGCCGAAUGGCAUAAAUCCUGCAUGACACUCUACGGUGAAUCCGAUGUUAAUCGUCAACAAUCUGAACGGCUUCGUAACGAUGCCGUUCGUUUGAUGCGACAAACCGCAGAGAAAACGGUACAAGGGCAACGUGAGGCCGGAAGACGCUUGGGCGAACGAUUGACUGAUCUCACGUUUUGGCGCAAUGAAUUAAGCAUCGAAUUGGAAAAGGUCAUCGCUGAAUAUUCACUGUUGGCCGAUAUGAAACGACGCACGACUAAAGCAUUGGAAGAUCUUGAUCCACCGCUCAAAGUCACCGAAGAGUGUUUAUACUUUCGCGAAAAUCGACAAGGUGUUGAAAAAGUGCACGAUAUCGUGGAGAAAACUCUACUGAACGAAGUGAAGAAUAUCCGAAAUGCUCAGGAAAAUUUGAAGCAAUGCUUGGAGCAGAUCAAUAAAUUGCUAUCAGACUUGCGUGCAACCCAACAUUCGCUGGAAGAAGAUAUUAUUUACAAAGAAAAUACGCUUGGCAUCGAUACCAUAUGCCAUAAAUUGAACAAUUUCAGUCGCGGCAUCAAUUAUUACAGUGGCAUUGAAAAGUACGAUCCAACCGUUAGCACCAUUGAAAUGUGGACACAAGCCAGCAACGUUCGAAUCAACAAGUCGCAAUCAGUUCGUGCUUCAUCAGCACAGUUAAGAAGUUCAGCUGAGGCCCUGAUAAACAGUAUCAACAGUGCAGUUUGGUCGUAUUGGAACGAUUCGAACAAUGCCUUGAACAAACGCGCUUCGGAUAUGUGCGAAGCGAAGAAUUCCAUUCAACUUCACCUGCACAAAACACAACAAGAAAUAUUCGAUAUUGAACGUAAUAUCGAUUUGAUACGAAGGGCCAUCCAAGAGAAAUCCAAUCCACUGAAAGUGGCUCAAACACGAUUGGAAGCUCGCGGUCAUCGAGCAGGCAUCGAACAGUGCAAAGAUUUUGCCUACGUUCAAUUAAUUCAAGAAGUGGGUGAAAUUCAAGAUUCCGUCACCGUAUUACAUCGAAAACUACAAGAAGCUGAAUCGCAACACCAACAACUGCUCAAAGUUAAAUCCAACUUAGAGGCUGAUUUAAAGAGAAAAGUUAAUGCGCUAUUUAUUGAUCGUGAAAAAUGCAUGGGCAUUCGACGAUGUUUUCCCGUUGAAAGUUUAAUGAAAUAUUAAAUGACUUUGCAAACUCUUCUGAACAUUUACUAUGAACUCUUCUGAACAUUUACUAUGAUGUUGUUAUGCACCAAAUGUUAUGUACAACAGUGAAUGAAAGCAAAUACAAUAGAGAAAAUAAACCUAACAUCAGAAACAGACCGAAAAACACGAUAAAAUCAAAUUUGAAAUGUCUUCGUGUUGUCUUUGAAUUUCCCAUUAAAUUUUCAUACAAAUUAUGAUAGGACUAUCAUUAUCAAACGUAGUGUGAUUGCACUUAA